AUGCCUGUGCGGUAUGCAUGUAUAAUGCCACCUAAAGGUCUGGAUUUUUUUGGUCAUUUCGAGACAUUGAACGGCGACCUGAUCAAUAAGUCCAGUAACGAUGGAAUAGAGAUUUGGAAAGUACUAGAGUCAUGCGGUCCAAUUGUUGAAUCUGCUGAAAUCUCUUCUGGAUUGUCUGUGUCUUUGAUUGCUAGUCCUGAACAACAAAAAUGGUCGGAGUUCCAGCGUAUGUGCUCUGAAAAUGGAUGUUCUUGUGAAAAGUCUUCUGUAACUUGUUCUGAAAUAGUGGAUGUUGACUCAAUUCCACCUGUAUGGCAUCUGGAUAUGUCAAAUAAUCGUUUGCAAAAUGUUCCUGAACACUUUCCACUUACACUUGUUUCCUUAAACUUAUCAGCAAACUGCGAGUUAAACAAAAUUACUCUUCUCGAUUUACCAUCUUUGAAGAUUUUGGAUUUAAGCGGCACAGCGAUUUCAACAUCACCCGCUGAGAACUGCCCUAACCUUCGUAUGCUUUCAUUAGCUGCUACUUUUGUGGAAAGCGUCGACUUUGAUACUUUAAAUGCUAAUUUGCUAGAAGAGGUUGAUCUUUCUGAUUGUAAAUAUCUUUCCGUAAUAUUUGGUCAGUUACCAAGUACCGUUAAAAUAUUUCGUUUGACUGGAUCAAUGGUUUCGUCUUUCCCUAAUGCGUUUUUUGACAGGUUAACUGAUUCAUGUGUUAUUAUAAUAGACAAUAACCGAUUAAGCGAAAAUAUGUGUCUUGCUGAUUGGUUAAAUAACAGUCCAGCAACUCUGCAGAAAGUUUUCAAAAACAACAGUUAUGAGGCAAAUUGCAGUUUAGGUAAUGUCACUAAUUUUCUGAACUGGAUGUGCAACAUUAUUUUAAUUGUACUCAUUGUUUUGGUUUUAGGAAUUGAUAAGCCUCCAUGGAUCGGGAAGGUUGUAGUUCGUGUACCAGUAGCAAGUCGAGCAGUCCUACCGUGUGAUUUUUAUGGUAAACCACCACCAAAAAUUGAGUGGUGGAUGGUAGAGGUUAACAAACUUAUCGGUUCGUAUGAUUCAAAAAUGAGAGACGUGAGUGUUGUCUGGUCGCGCAAAGAUGUCUACCGUGUUCUUGUUGGUGGUUACUUGUCAAUAUCGAAGGCGGAUAGAAAUUUGGUAGGAAAAUAUCGGUGUACUGCUGCCAAUACUUAUGUAAUAGUAUGGUUUGCAGUAUUAAUUGAGUGUGACUCAGAGUCGCGCAGCAUGAUUUUGCAAAAGAAUUUAGGGAAUUCUUCACAGAUUAUUCACUUUCGAUUAGAUUAUUCUGCUUGGUUUGGUUUGAGUUAUCCGAGCGCUGUUUUUUGGGGUAGUGUUCUGGCUUCGCUUUGUUUUUGUGCUGUUUCAUUCCUAUUUAAUGUAACAUGGAUAGUCUGUCGGAAAGUUGUCUUAUGGUGGAUCAAGCGGACUGAAAGACUUUCUCGUGUUAGAAGGAUGGUUGAAGCGUGCGAAAAGUAUAGACAAAAGCAGAUGCUGAAUCUACAGGAGGGUUAUCAUCGUAGAAUUGAACAGAUCAGGGAUAAUUAUCACCAACAGGUAGAGCAGUUACGUGCAUCUUAUGCAAGCCAAGCCGAAAGAUUUCGAGGCUAUCGAGCUGCACAAAAAAGUUAUGUCAAUCAACAUCUUGAAAACAUCCGUGAGAAUUAUAAUCAGCAGAUGUGUCGUCUUCGCGAAUAUGGCUCAAAACGCGCUGAACAAUUGUGGGAAAGUUAUGAGCGGCAGAUGACUCGUCUUCGAACAUUUUCUGUCCAACAAAGGCUACGGCUAAUACGACAGUAUAGGGUGAAACAACAAUAUAUAAAUACUUUACUAGAAAGAUUCAGCGAUAACUCUCCAGCGGCAUCACUUAUUCCUCCUAAAGCUGAACAAGCUGUUCUUGACCCAUUACGGGAACUAGAUGUCGGGUCACCUAUUUCUCGGUCUGAGUCGUACUAUUCGUUACCUGAAUACGUUUUAAGUGAAGACGGUGAAUUACACUGUCCUCCACGAUCAAACAUACCAAGUCAUAUGCUGAAUCGGCACCAUAUGAACCGUUUUGCAGAGCUGAAGUGUGAAGAAGAAGUUCCGACCACUUCGAAAACAGGGAAUUUCAGGAAGACUGACUCUGAUGCGAAUGUUUCGUAUGAUGUGAAUAUACGUUUAAAACGUCGUCAUUCGAAUGAAGAACCUGGUGAUGCUGCUGUUAAUACGACUCUCAGAAAAGACUUAUCUCAAGUAUAG